GGUGACGCUCCCCAGCCCUCCAGCCCCCUCCCCGGCAUCAUGCAUCGGACCACACGGAUCAAAAUCACGGAGCUGAACCCUCACCUCAUGUGCGCCCUCUGCGGGGGGUACUUCAUCGAUGCCACUACCAUCGUGGAGUGCUUGCAUUCCUUCUGCAAAACCUGCAUCGUGCGCUACCUGGAGACCAACAAGUACUGCCCCAUGUGUGACGUGCAGGUCCAUAAAACCCGGCCGCUGCUGAGCAUCAGAGCUGACAAGACCCUCCAAGACAUAGUCUACAAAUUGGUCCCUGGGCUUUUUAAAGAUGAGAUGAAACGGCGGCGGGAUUUCUAUGCCGCGUACCCCCUGACGGAAGUCCCCAACGGCUCCAACGAGGACCGUGGUGAGGUGCUGGAGCAGGAGAAGGGGGCUCUGAGCGAUGAUGAGAUUGUCAGCCUCUCGAUCGAGUUCUACGAAACCGUCAGGGACCGGGAGGAGAAGAAGGGCCCCUUGGAGAAUGGAGACGGGGACAAGGAGAAGACAGGGGUGCGCUUCCUGCGAUGUCCAGCAGCCAUGACCGUCAUGCAUCUCGCCAAGUUUCUCCGCAACAAGAUGGAUGUGCCCAGCAAGUACAAGGUGGAGGUUCUUUACGAGGACGAGCCGCUGAAGGAAUACUACACCCUCAUGGACAUCGCCUACAUCUACCCCUGGCGGCGGAACGGCCCUCUCCCCCUCAAGUACCGGGUCCAGCCAGCCUGCAAGCGGCUCACCUUGCCUACAGCACCCACCCCCUCCGAGGGCACCAACACCAGUGGGGCGUCAGAGUGUGAGUCAGUCAGCGACAAGGCUCCCAGCCCUGCCACCCUGCCGGCCACCUCCUCCUCCCUGCCCAGCCCAGCCACCCCCUCCCAUGGCUCUCCCAGCUCCCAUGGGCCCCCAGCCACCCAUCCUACCUCCCCCACUCCCCCUUCAGCAGCCAGUGGGGUCAGCACAGCUACCAACGGGGCGCCUCGAACUGCCUGCAGACACCAUCCUCCACCAGCAGGGGGCGCAAGAUGACUGUCAAUGGAGCUCCUGUGCCCCCCUUAACUUGAGGAAAGGGACCUUUCCCUCCUUUUCAGCCAUGCCUCUCCGCCCCUCCACUUUUUCUGGGCUCCUAUUUCCACCUCUUCUACUUUCCCCAGCUCCUCCCACCUUAGGGGUGGGGGGUGGGUUUUAUAAAUAAAUCUCUCUCUAUAUAUAUAUGUACAUAGGAAAAACCAAAUAUACAUACUUAUUUUCUAUGGACCAACCAGAUUAAUUUAAAUGCCACAGGAAACAAACUUUAUGUGUGUGUGUGUGUGUAGGGGAUGGGUGUUAAUUCUGAAGGAGUCUUGUGUAAUUUGCUCUACUCUAUUUUUGGGGGUACCUGAAAGUGGACUGGAGGGGCCGCUUGAGGCUCAGUAAAGCUUUGCCCCAUCCUGCUUCUGUUUCCCAAGGCAGAUGGGGUGUUGCAGGGCCCACCAGCCCCCAAAGCUUUAGGCACAACGCUUAACUGGCUGUGGAUGGGUCCCCCCUCUCUCUCUCUCCAUCUUGGCUGCUGUCGUGCCCCGACCCAACCAGCCCCCCACCCCCUCAUGUUGAAUGUCCAGAGACUUGCUAAGACAGUGCCUUUUACAAAUGCAGUUUAUCCCCUGGUUUUGGGGAGCGAGUGGGUGGUGGAGAUGGUAUCUCCCUGACCUCCUCCUCAUGCAGUGGAAACUUUGUACAAAGCGUAGCUAGUUCUGCCCUUUGUUUUUUUCCCUGUGUGUGUGGCCUUUGCACCGUUUUCCUUGUGGAAGAGAAGAUUCGGGCCAUGGGAGGCCUCCGCCCUUGACAUCCCACUGUGGCUCUAGCAUUGUGAACCACUUCCCCCCGGGGUCCCCCUACCCCCACCCAGGCACCCACACCAGCCAGCCUGGUGGUGAAGUCUCACUUGGGGAGCUGGAGUGGAGAGGUGGAGUGGGGUUAACCUCAGACAAGCACAGACCCCAGAUUUUGCUAAAGGCAAACAGCCCUCCAGUCCUCUCCCCACCCCCAGCUGAGGCCCAGUCAGGAAAGAGCCCCGGGGGCAUCUGAAAGCACAAGACAGACACGUGUAAGCUCUGUCCUCAACUCCAUCCUGAGAGGUCAGUGACCACCCCUGAGGGGCAGGCCCCGGGAGCUCCCUGCCUCCCUGUUUUCUUCCAAUGUACAUAGGUCAGAUCGGGGAGGAGGCAAGACUCUGUCACAACCUAGGUGUCUGGGUUGGGUCCCCCCAGUGGGUUUGUCUGUGUUUGCACCUGGUCCGUUGUCUGAGGUGCUAUGACUGUACCCUCCUCCUACCCUGGGACAUUUGCAUCUCCUGGCUUUGUAAUAAAUGCUGCAUAUUCUCCA